UGUGGGAAGAGCUUCAGGUUCAGCUCAAACCUGAUGCAACACCAGCUCAUCCACACUGGGGAACGACCCUACACGUGUGGGGAAUGUGGGAAGAGCUUUGCUGUCAGCUGCAGCCUCCACACCCACCAGCGCAUCCACACUGGAGAACGACCCUACACGUGUCGGGAAUGUGGGAAAAGCUUCAGUAACAACUCCGCUCUCCGCAAGCACCGGCGCAUCCACACUGGGGAAAGACCCUUUAAGUGUGGGGAGUGUUGGAAGAGCUUCAGUGACAGCUCCACCCUCCGCAACCACCAGCUCAUCCACACUGGGGAACGGCCCUACAAGUGCUUGGAAUGUGGGAAGAGGUUUCAGUUCAGCUCAACUCUCCUCAGGCAUGAGUCGACACACACAGGGGAGAGGCCCUUCCGCUGCACCGACUGCGGGAAGGACUUCAAACGCAGCUCCCACCUCGUUGGCCACCGGCGCAUCCACACCGGGGAGAGGCCCUACAAGUGUGGGGAGUGUGGGAAGAGCUUCAGCCACAGCUCCCACUUGACCAGACACCAACGGACCCACAAUUAA